AUGUUCAAGAGACACCUAUUCGAUCGAAUGCGAGAAUGCGAGACCCUGAGAGAGCUUGAGCUCGCUCAGAAUACUGCUGUCGGCAACACUGACGACUGGUGUCCUCGAGUCUGGGACGGAUUGCUGUGCUGGGAGCCCAUGAAGAGCGGGGUGAGCUCUCAGAAAUGCCCGGACCUUCUCAAUAAUCUCGACACUACACAGGACGUGAUCCGGUUGUGCGUUCCAAAUGGACAGAACUCGCACGGGACAUCCCCCAACGCCAGCUACAGCGAUUUCUCACGAUGUUUCGCCUCUAAGCAACGACAGCUCAGUCUCAUAAAACUUUACCAGACUCACAUUCCGUUGGUGAAAGUCAUCAGUCGAUUGGGAUAUUCGACGUCUUUCCUGCUACUUCUCUCGGCGCUGAUUAUUCUCUCCAGUUUUCGGAGGCUCCGAUGCGCGAGAAACAAGCUCCAUUGCCAACUCUUUUUAUCGUACAUUUUCCGGGCGGUCAUAAUUCUUGCCAAAGACUACUUCUUCAUUUCUGGAGUCGGUUUCCGGAAGGAACUGCAAGCAAACCAAGAAUGCAUCUGGUGCAAAACUUUUUUAGUGCUCCUCCAAUAUACGCUUCUGGCCAACCAUUCAUGGAUACUUGCAGAGGGGAUCUACCUUCACAGAUUGGUCUUUCGCGCCAUCCAUUCGAGUUCCUGCAAAGCAUCCCUGAGUUCGAGAGCCGUGAUUGCUGCCUGGAUGAGUCCCUUGCUCUUCGUGAUCCCAUGGGCACUCCUCCGUUAUUUUCUGGAAAACCGACUGUGUUGGACAACUAAUGAGUCAAUCUACAUUCUGUUGGUUCUGCAAGUGCCGAUGUCCAUAGCGAUCCUCUUGAACUUUUGUUUGUUCCUUGGCAUAACUUUCACGCUCUGGCGACGUGUUCGGAGACCGGAAAUUCAGCCUCAGAAUAGAAGGCACACGUAUCGGGAGUGGUUCCGAGCGUCCUUGAUUUUGAUACCUUUGCUGGCGUCCCACUACCUGGUGCUGCUCGCCAUGAGUCUCUUAGCGAACUUCUUGUCACCGAGAGUGGAAAUCGUCUGGUUCUACGUGGACCAGCUCUUCACAUCCUUCCAGGGAUGCGUAGUAUCGUUCCUGUAUUGCUUCGGGAAUCCCGAGGUGCUGCGUCAAUUGAAACGGAGGCCAACCACCUACCAGAGUUCGCGAUCCUCGAAACUAAAAUCGUCCACCUCGAGAACACUGCCCCGAAAGCACAAUGAAACGGAAGCCACAAAUUCGUCGCCGAGAUGGUCUCUAUCUCUGAGAAACAAAAUUUGUAAGCAGUCUGAGGUAUAG